GCUGUAACCAUGACGAGAUGGAAUUCCCCUAGCUACUAAUAGGAGAAAGAACUAGAAAGUUCUUUUCCCGACCCAACAGCGACACUGAGAGAUUACAAACCACAAAGCGAAAGAAUAUACAGAGGAUUGACAGAGAUUGAAGGCUGAGAAGGAGGUGAAGAGAACAGAAGAGAAGGUAAAGGCUGAGGAGGAGGCUGAAGAGAAGGUGAAGGCUGAGGAGGAGGUGGAGGAGAAGGUGAAGGCUGAGGAGGAGGCUGAAGAGAAGGUGAAGGCUGAGGAGGAGGUGGAGGAGAAGGUGAAGGCUGAGAAGGAGGCGGUGAUGAAGAAGGCGAAGGUGGAGGACGUGACGGCGGCGAUGAAGGAGGCGAAGGUGGAGGACGGGAAGGCGGAGGAGGAGAAGCUGGAGGAGUUGGAGGCGGAGCUGAUUGCGGUGUUGGAGGCGGCGCUAGAGGCGGUGGCGAAGCUGGAGGCGAAGCUGGAGGCGAAGCUGCACGCGUCAGCGGAGGAGGAGGAGGCGGUGGCAAAGGAGGAGGCGGUGGCAAAGGAGGAGGCGGCGGAGGAGAUGGAGGAAGUGGCGGAGGAGGAGUUGAACAGGGCGGCAGCGGUGGCGAAGCUGGAGGCGAAGCUGGAGGUGCUGGAGGUGGAGCUGAAGGCGAAGCUGGAGGCGAAGCUGCAGGUGGCGGUGGCGGAGGAGGAGGAGGAGGAGGUGGUGGAGGAGGCGGCGGCGGAGGAGGCAGGGUCAGAGGAGCCAGCAGUGGAGGAGGAGCCGGACAAGGCUCCGGUGGAGGAACUGGAGGAGGCGGCAGACGAGGAGGAGAAGGAGGAGAAGGAGGCAGAACCGGAGGAGAAGGUGAACAAGGAGGAGGAGGCUGCGGAGGAGGAGGCGAACAAGGCAGCGGCGGAGGAGGAGGCAGCAGAGGAGGAGGAGCCGGACAAGGCUCCGGUGGAGGAACUGGAGGAGGCGACAGAGGCAGCAGAGGAGGAGGUGACGGAGGAGAGGAUGAGAGAUAGACUGAAGGACCAGGUAAGGUUAAGGAAGUGGAGAGAAAUGGAAUGGAUGAAGAGAUAUAGGGAGGUAGAAGAACAAUGGAAGGAGGAAGAUAGACAAAUGAAGGAGAGUAACGAGAAGGAGAUUAGAGAAUUGAAACAACGUAAAAAGGAAUGGAUACGGAUGGGAGAGGAGGAACAAAGACUACAGAAGAAAAUUGAAAAGACAAAAAAGAAAGAAGAACAGAAAAGAGAAAAGGAGGAGAUAAAGUUGAUGAAGUUAAGAGAAAAUGAAUGGAGGGAGAAUAAUAAGAAAAAAUUAAAAGAAUGGAAGGAAAGAGAGAAAAUAUUGAAUGUGAGUAACGAGGAGGAGAUCAAGGAAAUAAAGAACCUAAGAAAACAAUGGAUACAGAUGAUGAAGGAGGAUGAAAAACUACGGAAGGAGAUUGAAAAAGAAAGAAAGAAAGAAAAAAAGACAAGAGAGAAGGAGGAGGUGAGGUUGGCAAAGUUAAGAGAGAAGGAGUGGAGGGAGAAUAGGAAGAAAAAAGAAGAAGAAUGGAAUGAGAGAGAGAAACAAUUGAAGGAGAGUAACAAGGAGCUGCGUAAGAUAUCUACAGAACUAAGAAAACUCAGCAUGCAGGAUAUAAAGGAGUUGAAAGAACUACUGAUAAAGAAGGAGAAGAGAAACGAGAAAGCACUAAGACGAGAGAUAAGGAGGAGGUGGGGUUGAAGUUAAGAAAAAUGAAGAAGAAAAUCCACCUGAAGAAAG